CUUUCUUUCAUUCAACCUCGUUAUCCUACAACUACUUAACGUGGAUCUGGUGUACAUGCACUUUUAGGCACGUCAUUAGAAUAGGUUACUUAAUUUUUUUUUAUAUCACUUUUGGACGCGUCCUUCUUUUGCGACAACCCAUUUUACUUUAUAAAAAUAUCGCUUCAGGAACAUCCCCUCACCACCUUGACUUAAGGAAAUCUCACCUGUUAAUAAUACCUACCAGGACAAAAGACAUCCAUCCUUCGCCUAACCUACCUACAGUGCUUUGCAUACCACUCAGUUCAGUUCUCAGCUUGGUCACAGAGUUUUCGUCAUCCGAACAAUCUCUGCUGCUUACUUGAAUUCGGAAAGGUCAUUAAAAGAGACCCAUUGUUUAGUCCUCGCUGCCAGUGCUCUGUAGUCUAAGACGAAAUAACAUCGGAACAGAGAGGAAGGAAGGGUUGAUUCCAGAGCAACCGCUAUUCAUUCCUGGAAUUGACAAUAUACCAUGCAGACAAACCCUCUGAGUUCGGCUGAUCAAGCCUACUCAUAUAACUUCCAGGCCAUGCCACAGUUCCAGCAACAGCUUCCGAUGCAGACGAUGCCUCAACAGCAGCAGCAGCAAAUAUCAAUGCCAGCACAAAUGCAAAUGCAAAUGCAAAUGCAAAUGCAGAUGCAGAUGCAGAUGCAGCAACAACAGCAACAGCAGCAGCAGCAGCAGCAACAACAGCAACAGCAACAGCAGCAACAGCAACAGCAGCAGCAGCAACAACAACACCUUUUUCAUCAACAAGCCCAUCAACCACUUGGAUUCGCACAGUCUCCAGGACCUGGCUUAAUGAAUAACUUUGCAUCUCAACCCUUUCAAACACAGAAUCAGCUUUAUCAAGCUUUACAACAUCGUCAGCCCCAAUCUGGACAACCAAGUAUUGGAGGCGCACCCAAUACUAUGUCAGGGUUAACCAAUCCUCAACAGGUGGCAGGACUGAAUCUUGUAGGCACGGGUUACAAUCCGCAACCCCCACCGCCAAUGACUAAAAAGGAUAUCUGGGCAGCACAACAAGCAGCUCUACAGGCACAACUAAAUAAGAACAAUCUCAAUGCUGGAAUGAUUGGGGAAGGGACUCUGGAUAUCAAUGCAAGAAAGGAGAAGUUACAGCAAAUGUUUCAGCAGAAUCAAAAUUCAAUUCCUUCUGGAUCCGCUGCAGGGACUGCGAUGUCAACAGGAGCGAAGGUCGCCAUGGAAGGAGCACCGACUAUGCUCACGUCAAUAGGUGACGGCACACCAUCAAGUAUAGCGAGUGUAAGUGCAGGCACUACAGCUGUCAGUACAUUGCCGUCUGUGAUUGGUACACCUGCGAGCGCUGUGGGUGCCACCUCAAGCAUUGCCACUCCGACCUCGACACCAUUCACAAUCGCCUCUGCUCCCUCUUCAACACCAUCUCUACCAGUAUCUGUUAUAAACUCUCCCUUGACUGUGGCGGCUAGCUCGACAACUUCUGCGAUGACAGCUGUUACAAAUCCGGGAGGGUGGACUGGAGGGAUUGAUGUUACAUCACCAACAUUUAAUCCGCUUACACAAGGCUUACAACCACCGGCAGCAGCCAUACCUAGCGCACGGAUUCAAAAGAAGCUCAGGCAACAACAGCUACAACAACAACAGCUACAACAACAACAGAUGCAAUCUCUACAACAGCCCCAAAUAUCAAACCAGACUCAGCCUCUCGCACAUACCCAAGUACCUCAUGUAUCACAGCCUGGGAGUCAAUUGCCUCAAGGUAAUGGCAUGAUGGCGUUAAAUAUGCUCCGACAAUUGCAGCAGCAGUUGCAUCACACACAGCUCUUGAUUAAUCAACUGCAGCAAAAGCACUUUCAACAGCAACAGCAACAAUUGCAGCUACUGAUGCAACAAAGGGCGUCUUUGAAGAAUAUGUCUCCUCAACAGCAACAGAUGGCACAAAUGCAAUUUCAACAGCAGCAACAACAACUCCAGCAGCAGCAGUUGCAACAACAACAGCAACUACAAAUACAGCAAGGACACAUCAUGACUCAAAUACAUCAACAACAACAGUUAUUGCAAAAACAACAACAACAACAACAACAACAACAGCAGCAGCAGCAGCACUAUGAACCUCAACCUCAACCUCAACCUCAACCUCAACCUCCACAACCUCAACCACAGCUCCAACCACAGCCUCAACCACAACCACAGUCUCAGCCACAGUCUCAGCCUCAACCUCAGCCACAGCACCCACAAUAUGCUCCACAAUCACACCAUCCGCAAGCGCAUUCAGUUAAAUCAAUGCUCAAUAAUGUAUCUGGUGUCCUUUCAACAGAGAUCCAGCAAGCGCCAUCUAACGCGCCUUCUACCUUGGCUGUCGAUCCUUCCACACCUGUCGAGUUGGAUAUCGACGAACAAGUAGUGCAGGCACUACUGGAGCUGAAUAAAGCAUUGAUAGGCGUUUGCGUUGACUACCAAACACAUCAUCUAACAAUGGACCCAGAUUUUUUAUUGUAUCAAGCUCGGCUUCAAGCAACACUGUCGUAUCUGGCCACCUGGUCGGGAGUUACAAAAGGAGGAUCGAUGAUGAAAACUGCACCACCAAAACCUGAUCUCUCGCCACUUCCCCCUGCCCGCUUCCCCUCAGCUGUAAAAGCGAUGACGCUGCUCCCAAGGGUUGCUGUAGCAUUUGCUGCCGUACAGAAGAGAUUAGCAUUAGUCGAGCCUGAAGUAACUGAAGACAAGACCUCACCUGGACAGAAAUUUGAGGCGCCUAAUAGCACAGCCUCCACAGUGCCUACAUCUCUAUCCAUCAAUACAGCUAGCACCAACACUGCAGUAACAUCGACGGUAACCCCUGCAUCACCAUCUCAUUCUUCGACGCCUAAGAUACUAGAUACACCUAUCUCCGCAACUACUUCCAUAGCUAAUCUGGCAUCGCCUGUGACGCAUGGAAUGUUAGCUGUUAAUGGGCAGAAUAUUAACAUUCCUAUGCAGCGACCUCUGCUACAAGCAAUCUCACAGGAACAGCAGGCAGGAUCGGAAGUGAAUCAUGCUCUACCUUCAUCUCUGCAUAUUACACAAUCUUCUCAUCAAAUGUCUACUCCAGGCGUUCCGGCAGCUUCAGUGGCUCUCAAUAGCCCUGCAAUUGUCACACCAGAGCCUUUAGGCCCUACACAGUCCCAUGGAAGUACAUUACAGACACCUCACGCUGUAAUAGAACAUCAACCAACGGGCCAAACCGCACCACAAGUGGUAAACUCUGCAGCAGUACAUGGUAAUAAUUCUCUCCAAGGCAGUACUACAUCUACUCCACAGCCAUCAGACGGUGCAACGAAUAACAUGGUAUCACCAACUGUGGAAGCGUUGUCUGAUACCAAAGGCAUUAAACUGUCAAGUGUAUCAGCUCUAAAUGAUGUGGGGUCAGCCAAAAACAAGAACUCAGAGACAAUAUCAGCGCCGGCCACACCCACCGUCACUGGCCAUAAAAACGAUCUAUCUGCUGUACAGACUAACCGGAUUGUAGCUGGCAGUUUACCGAACAGUCCAGCCGUUGCAAAUUUUCCUACACAACCCUCUUCUGCAUCAUUGUCUAUUGAUACUUCUGUUGCCUCAAUGGCAUCCCCUAUUCAUGUCCCUGGCACACCACAUUCUACUCAUCCGCCCCAUAUUCCUGGCAUCAGGUCUGCGUCCAUUACGGGUAGCAAGACCAGCUCCCCUCUUGUCAGGCACCAAUCGUUACCACCAAAGACACCUGGAUCAGCACCGUCACCGUUGUUACCUCAGCAAGCAGUAUUGCAGUCGCUUCAGCAACAAGGUCAGCAACAAGGUCAACAGCAGGAUUCAAAUAUUUCACGUACUGCUGCUUUGCCUGGUUCACCACUUAGAGCCGCCAGCCCAUCCCCUUUCCAAGCUGUAGCAGUAUCGAACUCUAUGACAACAACACAGUCAAGACCGGGGCUUUUGGGACCCAUGCAGUCUAUGCAGACUAUGCAUCCUGGGAUGACGAUGUCAGGGCCUAUGAUGAUUCAACAGCAGCGCCCACAGAUGGUACCUCAGCAGGGAUAUCCUUUAGGUGGGGGUACGUCCAACGAUUUGCCCAUGACAUCGCUUCCGGAUGAGAGCGAUUCAUUUUUAGCGAAUGAUGGAGAUGAUAGAGAGGAUGAUCUGAUAGGGAUGGGCAGUAUGGGUAUGACAGGGCUAGAGAUGGAUACGACUAUGGAGGGCCAUUCUUAUGGUAACCAGGAGUAUAGUAGUCAUGAUGACCAUCAACAGCAAGGAAACCAAGGACGGCUACUUGGUCACGAUGAUCAUGGUUCAGGCGGUGAUGGAGAUGGUGGUCUGGGAAGCUUAGAGAUGCAGGAAGAGGAUGAAGAUGAUGUUAUGAAUGGGUUCUUGAACUUGUAG